AAUUUCCCGACGAUCUCGAGUGAAAACCCUGUUUUCCAAUAUAAUAUAAUAGUCCAACGUCAAGUUAGCAACAGCAUCUAUAUAUCAUCCCACCGCAAUGGCAUAAAAGCAGAGAGAGAAAGAGACAGACCUUCUCACUCUCGCAACGUAUAUAUAUAUAGCUACACCAGCUGGUGUCCGCAUCGCUGCAGACGGCGACGGUGGCCUCAGUCGGCUCAGAUCUACAGGCAAGAUGGCACGUCAGCAGAACGACGUCGACGAGCUCUUCGACGUGAAGAACAACUUCUACAUCGGAAACUAUCAGCAAUGCAUCAACGAGACCCAGAAAGUCAAGCCUUCGUCGCCAGAGGUAGAGUUGGAGCGGGAUGUCUUCUUGUACAGAGCGUACAUUGCCCAGCGCAAAUUCAGAAUAGUUCUUGAUGAGAUCAAGGAUUCCUCACCAGAAGAGCUUUUGCCUCUAAAACUACUCGCUGAGUACUUUGCUCAUCCAGAUCACAGAGAUAAAAUAUUAAGUGAAAUUGACAAGACCACCAUUUCAGCCAAACUCAAAACUCACAACUUCAAAAUAGUAGCAGCUACAAUUUAUUAUCACGAGAAUAAUUUAGAAAGUGCCCUCAGAGUGUUACAUAAGGCAGAGAAUUUGGAAUGUUCAGCUCUAAGCGUGCAGAUUUACCUGAAAAUGGAUCGUCUUGAUUUGGCUACAAAAGAAGUGAAGAGCAUGCAAGAAAAAGAUGAUGAUGCCACCUUGACACAACUUGCAUUGGCAUGGGUCAAUUUGGCUACAGGACGUGAAAAGUAUCAGGAAGCUUAUUACAUUUUCCAGGAAAUGAUUGAGAAGUAUUCAAGUACAACAAUGUUGCUGAAUGGCAAAGCAACUAGCUUGAUUCUUCAACAAAAAUAUGAAGAAGCUGAAGAUGUGCUUCAAGAAUCUCUGGAAAAAGACAGUAAUAAUCCAGAUACACUGAUCAAUAUGAUUGUUUUAUCACAGCAUAUGGGAAAGCCGCAAGAAGUCGCAAAUCGUUAUUUAACACAGUUGAAGGAUUCUCACAUGGAACAUCCAUUUGUUAAAGAUUAUCUUAAGAAAGAACUUGAAUUCCAAAGGCUAGCGGAUGAAUAUUCAGCCUCUCUGCAAGCCUAAGUUACCUAAAGUUACUUAAUGUAGCCCAGGAUUAAGGGAGGAUAGUCUUUUAAUGAUUAUAAAAGUAUUUUUAAUUUAUUGAAUUUUUCUGUAGAUGUAGAAUUGUACUCCUAUACAUUAUAUUAUAUUUUAUCUAGUCAGACUAGUAGAAUAUUUCUGAAGUUUGAUAGAUAUUUUCUAAAUUUUUCCAACAUAACUUUUGAUAAAAAAGACUCGGAAAAAUUCAAUGAAGAGUAUACUUUUAUAUUCAUUAAGAAGCUGUAUAACGGAUUUAUGAAGUCGGCUUGAACCUCCUUUGACAUACUUCUUGCUGCUAAAAAGGAUCUAGUAUGAAGGAACCUUCUAAAUCUUAAAAAGAAUGUGCGGGUACUAAAAUUGUAUGCAAUGAAAAAUCACCAUUUUCAAGUAUAAUUCAAAAAAUGACUGAUAAAUGGUAGCAGUUUGCUUUCUUGGUACAGUUUCUGACUAAAAAUAAAUUAAAAUAGGAUCAAACAUGAGAGAGUGUUUGUUAACUGUGAGUGUUGGAUGUUUUGAUAUUGUUUUAUUCUAUUUUAUUGUUUUUUUUGCAGAGACUGAAUUUUAGAAGAAUAACUGCAUUAUAACAGCGUCCAUUAACAUAAAAUUAAUAUAUCGCUGCCAUUUUGUAAUCUGUAGCAAAAGUGUAAGGAUUGAUUACUGCAGAAAAUAUAUUAUCUAAAAUAUGGAUUUAUUUGACAUA